CGAUUGGCGAGGACCUCAUGGAUGGAAUUGGUUGCAGAAAUGCAAAAGUUGUUGCUGGUUCCCUGAAUGCGUUGAUCUCACACAGCGCCAAGCGCAAGACAAGAGCGUGAUCUAUCUGUGAAUCGCUCCAAGCUGGAAUAGACCACACCAGACUCGGGAGCCGAAGGAGUGCGUUAUAGCCUACAGAGUGAGAGAGUGAGGGAAAGAGCCGAUAGAGGUUCCGCGCCUUCUGCGCGCUUGGAGGGCACAUGACCUGGACCGGUUGGACUAUGCUGUCAAGCCGCUCUGUGAUGGUGGAGUGCGGGUAGUGCGUGCCGGAGGCUCCGGGAAACAGUGGCGCAAAAGCGGCUCUCCAGAUAGCCUUCAUGACUGGGCUGGAUUUUCCCUCCGGACUUGUAGAAUUGCUUAUAGUGCAGUAAUAAGAUAUUUCACCCAGAACUGUGGGAAGUCUUUUCUUUUGAUUGCAAAACAACGACCAAUUAGAAUUAAUUGUGCAGGUUGCCGGUGGAUUUCUACAGAAUGGGAUCUUGAAAGGACACUAAACUGUGCGUCCUGGGACAUUUGACAACGAACUGGAAUAAUGAAGUGGACGAAGAAAUAGUUCUGUGUUUAUUUCAAUUUUGAUAAGCCUUGUGAUCUUUGUCAUCAUAAAUCAGAGAAGGGGUUUUAUCAAGUUUGUAAAGAAGACAUUUUCAUAGAAAACUUUUGAAGUGAAAAACAUUUUGUAUUGUUUGUAAAUUAAAGGAAUAAACCAAACGCCUGUAGAAAUACACGGGAACGAGCAAGGACAGACUGUAAUUGCUUGCUUCGUUGUCCUCUCCCGUUUCUUUUCGCCACAACACUUUAGGGACAAGUUGGAUAUUGGAAAAACGAUGAGAACUUAUUGGGUGAGUGAAUCGAUUUAAGAUCUACGUUUUAAAUCAGAACUUUUUAAGAUAUCAAAAUAUCUGGCCUAUUGAGGCAUUCUCUUCUCUAUUCGUUUUUGUCCUCUUUUUUGUGUGUGGAGAUUGACGGAAAAAACAGACUAAAGCUAGACUGCCUAUGCCAGGCGAGCUGGCUGUCAUGCGGGAUUGAUAUCGUGGAAGUAUGUUUGGGCUGGAGCAGUUUGGUUCUCAGAUUAAUAGCAUAAACCCUGGCCAGUCAGAGAGAAACAUAAACCAGCCAAGACUGAACAUGAGCUCCCAUUACAAAAGCCCCGGCUUUCAUACCGGAGGCCCACCUGGAGCCGUGGAGCCGGGCAUGGGCCCUUUGAACGAGCCUCCGAUGCUUGGGCUCAAUAUGAACAUGAAUGGGGAGCAGUAUGGCAGCUUUCACCCGCGGGGCCACUCGGACAUGCAUGCAGGCAGCGGACUCCAACAGCAACAGCAAGGACCCAUGCAUGGAUUUUUUAACAACCAGCAACCUCAUCAAGGCCAUCCCCACGGCCACCAGUCUCACCCUCACCAACACCACCCUCAUUUCAAUGGGAACUUUGGAGGCCCAGACCCAGCAUCAUCCUGCCUGCAUGGUGGCAGAUUGAUGGGCUACAACAACAGUGGCAUGGGGCCUCAGCAGGGCUUUGGAGAGGGGUUUGACCCCAUUGUUGAGGGCCAGGCAGGGGAUGGCUUCUCGCAGCAGAGAUCUGGUAACAUGUCUGAGUUCCAGCACAACGGCCCCCCUAAUGGCAACCAGGCUGUCCCUGCCCCCUGUCUGCCCCUGGACCAGUCACCUAACCGGGCAGCAUCCUUCCAUGGUCUGCCCUCCUCUUCCUCCUCAGAGACCCAUGGUCUGGAGCCUCGACGGAUGCCCAAUCAGGGUGCUGUGGAGGGAUUAGAGUAUAAUUUCCCCAGCGAGCCCCCAACUGGACAUUUUGAAGUACCUGUAUUUUCCCCCUCAGAAUCAGAGUCUCAACUGCCCCACUUUGGGACAGGAAGGCCUGUGGCCGGUGGCAGUUUCCCUGGAAACCCUGCCAUGGCUCGGACACCGGGUAUGCAGGGCAUCUCCAAAGGGCACCAGCAGCCACCCCCACAGCCCCAGCAGCCUCAGCCUCCCCCACAGCACGGAGUGUUUUUUGAGCGCUUUGGGAAUGGCCGUAAGAUUCCUGUGGGGAUGGAGCUGGGGGUCAGUGCUAGACACCCUCUCAUACAGCAGCAGCAGCAGGCUGGUUUGAUAGUGCGACAGAACUCAUGCCCCCCUGGCCUCCCCCGGCCCCCCCAGUCUGAGCCGGGCUCCACCAACCCCAACAUGCUGGACGGUGGCGUCAUGAUGCCUGGCCAACACAACCAGUUUGAAUAUCCUAUUCACAGACUGGAAAAUAGGGGCCUGCACCCCUAUGGGGACCCCAUGUUUAAUAUGCAACAGCCGGCUCCCCCUCCUCCCGCCCAACAGCCUCCGAAUCAGAGGCUGCAACACUUUGACAGUCCUUAUAUGAACAUGGCUAAAAGGCCCAGAUUUGAGUUCCCUAACGCACAUGGAGGGGAGAAUUGUGGCACGUGGGGUAGUGGCAUGCACAAUGCACAGGGAAUGGAGAACCACCUCUCUCCCUCAGCCUACCCUGGCCUACCUGGGGAGUUCACCCCACCUGUGACAGAUGGAUUCCCCCCGGGUCCACUCCAGCACGCUGGGCCUGAGCAGCAGUCUAUGCAGCAGCGGCAAAACGCGGCCAUGAUGAUCAAGCAGAUGGCCUCUCGGAACCAGCAGCAGAGGAUGAGGCAGCCAAGCCUGCAGCAGCUGGGUCACCAUGGCGACGUACCUCCGGGCCCCAUGGUUCAUGGAGGCCCAGUGGGGAGCAUGCCUCAGCCCAACUUUGACAGGGAGAAUGGGGGCAGGAUGCCCAACUUUGAGGGUCAGAACCCUCAUAUAACUCAGGAGAACUGGUUCCCCGGUUCCCACCCACCAGGAGAGAUCAUGUCGCGGCGUAUGGGUGUAACGGGUGGGGAGGCUGUGGCCCAUGACAUGGGGCUGCAGCAGAACGGAGUCGGUAUGAUGUUCAGGCCGGGCAUGAAUGGGAUGGGCAUGCAGGAGCCAAUGAGGAUACCUGGAGAUGGGCACGUACAGGCCCUCCACUCUCCUGGCAUGCACCCCCAGUUUGGCAACAACAUGGGCAAUCUCUCCCAGAUGCAGUCCCCCGGAGCCGGGGUAGGACACCCCAAUGCACCAUCAGAGAGGCGGCCGACUGACUUCCCUGCCGGGCCUCCCAUGGGAGCUCAACCAACAUUUCCUUAUGGAGGGGCUAACCGUCAGGGGGCACCACAUAACAAUCCCCAGGGGGUGAACACCUCACCAGGGAGCUACCCUCCACAGUCUGAGUUCCCCCCAGGCCAGCGAUCCUCUGUCAGUAAACUUGGGGCACUCUCCCUGGGGAACUUUAGCAAAACCAGCACUAAAGACAAUGUUUUUGGACAGAGCUGCCUGGCGGCCCUUUCCACGGCCUGCCAGAACAUGAUAGCUAGCCUAGGGGCCCCCAACCUAAACGUAACAUUCAACAAGAAGAACCAAAAUGAGGGCAAGCGAAAACUGAGUCAGACGGACCAGGACAUUAAUAGCAGCACAGCAAACGGGACUGGCAGUGCUGGUCCUGAAUAUUUUCAGAGCGGCACUUCCCAGAACAGCCAGAUGCCUGGCACCGGGAAUAGCAACAUUAAGCCUGCAGGUCAAAACCAGACGUUGCAGGGGGAAGCCAGUGCCCUCUCCCCAAAUUACAACAUGGACGCUACCCCAUGCAGUGAGGGGAAAGCAGCAACAGGGAAUGGGAGAGGGAGAGGGAGGAGAAAAAGGGACAGUGGGCAUGUGAGCCCUGGGAUCUUUUUGUCCUCUGACAGCGGACACCCUGUUGUAAGUCCAGGCCAGCAACCCCCUUCAGCUGGCGUUGGGGAGAGGGGUGGGGGUACGCCCCAUGAGAAACCCCUUCCAUCCCCCUCCUGGGGAAAGGGAGGUGACCUGAUGCUGGGGGACCAGGCAGACCUGAUGUCUUCUCUGGACAGUGGCAUUCAGAGUAUCACCAAGUCUAACAGUAGCUCACCGCGUGUGGAUCUUCCUGACGAUGUCAUCGCCCACUACGGCAACGAGGAUGAGGUGUCCUCUAGCUCAGAUGCAGGAGGUGCCCCUGCCUCCAAGCCCAACCGCAGCCCGCACAUCACCGGCUCACCCAAGCUGCAGAGGGGGGAACACGGCCUGAUGAAUGGGCAGAAGCCCCUAGGCAUGCAGGACAUCACCAAUCACACUACUUCGACACUCGAAAGCUAUGGACUGAGUGCUGGUGUGGGGACAGGUGGCAACGGAGUUGGUCACCCUGGCACACCUGGGAUGGAGCAGGUACGCACUCCAUCCAGCACCUCUGGCCAGGACGACAUCCACCCUCUGGAGAUACUGCAGGCCCAGAUCCAACUGCAGCGCCAGCAGUUCAGCAUCUCAGAGAACCAGCCCCUGGCCAUGAAGAAUGGGAAGAAGAGUGGCGACUGUCUCUCACAGAAUGGAGACAAUGAGCUGGCGAGCUGCAGCCCGGAUGCUGGGAAGGGCUCAAUGGGCACUAUUGACCUUGACACUCUGAUGGCAGAGCAGCAUGCCACCUGGUACGUGCCCAGUGACAAGGCCCUGAUGGAUGGGCCAGAGGAUGACAAGGCCAUGGCACCCUGGGAAAAAAACAAGAGCCAGAAUAACAGCAAAGAAGAUUCAGAGCUGUCUCAGAGUAAGGCUGGAGUAGGGGUCCCGGGGCCCGGAGGGGGCAAUGGGGGGAGCCACCUGCAGUGCCUGUCCGUCCACUGCACAGAUGAGCUGGGGGACAGUAAGGGCCGAGGGGGGCCCGUCUCCUCCUGGCGCUCCCUGCACUCGGACAUCUCCAACCGCUUUGGGACCUUUGUGGCAGCCCUGACCUGAACACAACCGAGAGAGGGGGAGAGAGGGGGAGAGAGAGGGAGAGAGGGGGAGAGAGAGGGAUAGAGGGGG